GGAUUUAUCCAUUUUCUGAUUAAACGACCACAAUAGAUGACUUCAUCAGUGGCUCACAGCGCUCCAUCUAUCUGUCCUUGCCGAAUAAAUAAAAUUCCCAGCCAUCUCCAUCGUCUCUCUUUCCUUCCUUCCCAAUUCACCCCAAAGCAUCUUCAAAAGCUGUGUGAGAUUGUUGCUGUAAGAGAAGCAGAGAAGGUACUUUGAUCUUGAAGUCAUGAAUUCGAGGAGGGACAUCCGUAACAAUAGAGCUGCUCUUUUUGAUGGAAUUGAGGAGGGUGGCAUCAGAGCCUCAUCCUCUUACUCCUCCCAUGAGAUUGAUGAGCAAGAUAAUGAAAGAGCUUUGGAAGGAUUGCAAGAUAGAGUCAUUCUGCUGAAGAGACUGUCAGGUGAUAUAAAUGAAGAGGUGGACAACCAUAAUCUUAUGCUAGACAGAAUGGGCAAUGAUAUGGAUUCUUCCAGGGGAGUGCUGUCAGGAACCAUGGAUCGCUUUAAGAUGUUGCAUGAAAUCAGCCAGUUGCUUAAUCUUCUGAGGGCAGCUUGACUAACCGAACCAAUUAUGUUUAGUGGACAUGCCUUGGCAUGUUCAAAGCAGCUUUUAAAUCUUAUUGCUCCGUUUCGAACCUCUCCCCUAUCCUGUUGUCAACCUUUUUUAAGCUUUGGCGAUUGCAACAUGGGUAUCAAUCCAUCUACUAGCUUUCAUGGAAGCCAAAAAUGGCAAAAAUCACGACUCACGAAGCCGCAGGAAAACAGCUGUGCGCCAUGGCAGCUGCACACCUCUAAAAUGUAAUUAAAAGCUAGAUGGACUGAUGAGGUAUGUAAUACAUCACUAUGUCAUGAUCAACAAAGAUAUCAAUGCCGGAGAUAAAAGAAACAAAAAGAUUUGUCUUUCCUUCCGUUAUAAAACCAGGUGGACGGAUUUCAAGCAAUACCUCCCAGCUAAUCCGCAAUGAUUAUCGCCUGUUUUACAGGCAUUUAUUUGUCA